GGAAAAGGGUGUAAGCAAGUGAACCAACAGGAAUGAGCUAUUUACCUGUUACAUAGGUGGGUCUGAGGUUUCAAUUCCUCCUCUGUAUAAUCCUCACAGACUUGUUUCGUUGCAUUCAGCAGGCUGCUCGCUUGCUUUGGAUAAAGAAAAGGAUGCCUUAUUGCUGAAGACAAUUCUAUGUACAAAGGCUGAUAGGAUAUAUUAUUACAGACACCAUGAAGAAGGGAACCCUGAAUAAGCUUUUUGGGAAGAAAAAUGCCAAUAACAACUCGCUGUAUGCAGAAAAUCCACCAUGGAUUCUUCCCCAGGGAUAUAAGAAAGGCUCAGCUGACUAUCAUGAUAUGCAGUCAUCAUAUGCAUUUUUAGAGGAUUCUGGGAGUGCAACUUUGAAAGCUCGUCCUGGGCCUCGAAUCAGACCUCUGCUUCCAGUCACUACAAAUAGCAUGGAUACACAGGGCAUGGCAGUACCCACGCCUAAUGUACCAGAGGGUUUUGCUGAACAUACUCCAGUUGAGAAUGGACUAAAGCUAAAUGGGAAUUACAGAAUGUACAGCUCUAUAGGAGAUCUGAGGGCAAAUAUGCAUUAUGACAAUUAUCCUGAAGAAAUCCCCGCACCUCCAUCUGUGCCGCCACCACCUCCUCCUAACAUGGCUCCUCCUGACCCACCUCAUCAAGGUCCACCUUCACCCUCAGAGUCUUCUCCAGGAUCCCCUAGCCCACCAGACUUUAUACCACCAACACCCAACUCCAGUGCACCUGUGGUGCCCAAUUUUGUUCCUCCACCUCCCCCUCCCCCAAAUAUUUCACCACUUGGUAACCAGCAAUUGCAGAGUGCAUCCAAAUGGAAAUCUGAAACUGGCCUCAAUAACCUGCCCAAUGAUGUACCAGUGGGUUUACCAAACAGAUUUUCUUUAAAUCCUUCUCUCUUUCAACCAAGCCACGGGCAAACACAUACCAAUGUGGACCCUAAUUCCAGUUUGCCAAGAUUAUUCAAAGUACCACCUCCUGCCCCAACAAGGAUAUCAUCAAUACAACAGCAAGAAUAUAUUUCCCCGCAGGCUGAUAAUACCAGAUAUACUAAAGAUCCUCCACCAUCUCCUGUUCCAUCUAGUUUUAAUCCGACUAUGCAGGCCAAACUUUUUUCAACACGUCGGGGACAGUCUUCACUAAAUGAUACAAUGAACAAAAGGAAAUCUAUGAUCAUAAUGGAUACACCAAGUGAAAGUAUGGAUCACAGUCACACAAAUGAAAUUGUUAGUGCUAUUAAGGCUGAUACAGGGAGAUAUGGAUCAACAGACAUAAGAGCAAAAAUGGAUGGAACACUGUCAGGAAAAACUGAGAGUGGUGACAACAGUGUUAAUUUAAAUGGUGCUAACCAAGAAAAUCCAGAAUUAAAUACCUCUAAGGGGUAUGGUUUCAAUAAUAAUGCUGAGAAACAAACCAGUAAGAUUAUGCAGAUUAAAAAUGACUUUGUAUCAACAAUGUCUGGGAAGAAUAGUGUUAAGGAAUGGCCUAAAGUGUCCAAGGAUACAACAGCAUUUAAUACAGCAUUAAGCAAAGACAGCUAUGUAUCAGAGGUGUCAAAAAGCUCAAAGCCUACCAUUAACAUUAUUUCACUUAAACCUAUAAUAGGAGAUGAAAAUCCAAAUAUAUCUAACACCAACCUACAUUCUACAAAUGACGAGGAUGUUUCUCAAAAGUCAAUGGAAGCCAUUGGUGAAGUAAAAACAGAACCAGUAAAAGUUAUUAAAACUCCUCUAUCCCCACCUCCAGUGGCCCCUCCACCUCCUCCAAUUGCAAUGGCACCCAGUCCACUAUCAGUUCCCCCACCACCUCCACCACUUCCCACAGCACUCACAACAGCACCCUUUCCUCUACCAACAGCUUCACCCCUAUUACUAUCAAAGAAGGCAUCUGCCACAAAUCUCCCCACACCCACACCACCACCUCCCCCUCCUCCUCCUCCUCCCCUUCCUUCACUCUCCGCUUCCCAGCCAACAGACUCUCAGUUAUCACCAAAAGCUGCAGCCUCUUUACCUGAAGUACCAUCAAUGGCUUCACCAAUGCCACCACCAAAAGCACCUCCAGCACCUCCACCUUUGCCUCCACUUGUUAGUCCAUCUGUUCAGAAAUCACCAUUAACUCUAUCCAAGGACUUGCAUACAAAAGAUGACAAUUUAAAAGAGAUUCCUGAAAAAGAUAAACCCACUGAAAUCAGACAUAUUCAACCAUCUUUAAAAACUACUGACAAUGAUCAAAAAAACAAAGUUGGAAAAAUCAAACAGGAGCUUGAAGCUUUACUCUCCUCCCCCAAAAAAGAAGACAUCAAAGUGGGUACUCUUAAAAAAUCACAACAUGGUCUAGAAAAUAAAAAAAAGACACCUAAUGAUAAAGUAGCUCCUGUUAGAGGUGGAGAAAACACACUAGUUAAUUCAUUGAUGAUGAAAGUUCCACUUCUUCCUAAUCAUCCAGUUGUGGAGGAUUCUGAUGCUGAUACAUCUGAAUGGCAUCCAAAGAAUAACUCGGCUGAUAUUGAUUUUCCAGAGCCCGAUUAUUUGCCUGCUUCCAGUAAACCAAUUAAUCACUAUAAACAACAGCCUGCACCACACACCACGACCAAGGAGACAACAGUAGAAUCCGCUCCAUCACCAACAAAAUCCACAAAUGAGUUAAAUAUUGGUGAAACUCCAGUCCCAUCAUAUAAACCACAUCAUGCAAGAAGGGUCUCUGCUGGCAGCUGGGCCAUAGAACCUGUCUCAUCAGUGGCAUCUAAGUCAGAGCCAGUCUUGAGUUUAAAAGCAGAAACUGAUCAAGAGCCUAAAGAAGCUUUAUCUCCUUUAGCAUCUUUAGUAAACUCAGAAUCAAGUCAGAUAAGGGUCUUUGCUGGCAGCUGGACCAAAGAACCGAUCUCAUCAGUGGCAUUUAAGUCAGAGCCAGUUUUAAGUUUCAAAGCAGACACUAAUCAUGAGCCUAAAGAAGCUUUAUCUCCUUUAACAUCUUUAACAAAUUCAGAAUCCAUAUCACAGAGAGAAAAUGAAAAAGGAUUAAAUCACCCUAAUACUGGGGAGAAGGUUGAUGAAGGCUCUCCAAUGGCUUUACUCAUGGCAGCAAAGAAACGUGCACAAAAAGGACCACGCUCUGUUGAACGCAGUAAUCUGCCCAAGAUAUCUGUUGCUAAUGGAGCUGUGAUAAGUUCCUUAAAUUCUCAGAACAAUGAAAUAAAUCCUAAUACAUUUGUUGUUGUGCCCAUGAAAGAGAACACUCAACAGACACUACCAGAAGGUAGCUCACCUUAUCUGAAAAACAGUAGCAUUGCCUCCUCCUUAAGCAGCAGUGCAGAUAAAUCUGAAAACUUGGAGUGGAGUAAUCAGGGUCUACCAAAGCCUUCUGUAAGCAUUCAAGUUUUUGACUCUCAGCAUCCCAGUGGGGACAAUUCUAGAAGUUGGAGUAGUGCAUACAAACUACAGGAUUCUUUAAAUCCACAAAUCAAGAUUGUUCACCCCAUGGCUGAAAAUAAGUCUCCAAAAUUAGAGAACUUUAAUAUCUCUUCAUAUCCUUCACCUAGUCCAGUUUUGAGGUCAAAUGAGGAAAUAGAAUAUGAAAUUAUUCCACCUCCUGCAGAGUUCAUGAAUAGUCCAACAAUGUCAAACAUGAGUGUGCACAAUACACAACAAAAAGAAAGACCUUUCCUUUAUGGUGAUAAUAUUAUGUCGGAUUACGGUAAGCCAUCCUAUGAACAAAAUUAUAAAUCAAAUCAGACCGUCAUUUCGCAAACAAUGAACAGCAGGGACAAAUACCUGGAUGAUCACUAUAUCAGUGGGUUCUCUAGAGAUUCACAAAAAGGCUCUCUAAUUAAGAAAAGACUGUACAUGCCUGAGCCAGAGAGUUCAAGAAAUUAUGGGAAACCAAGUACAUUAAGGUCUGCAGCUUUGCCAGCAUCAUAUAGCCAUAGGCUACCCCCGCCCAAUCCAACCAUGGUUCUUGAUCCUCGACGUUCCAGUUCUACCCCAAGGUUCAUUGCACAAGGAAGAAGAAUGUCCACAGAAAAUCUCAUCAGAGUGGUACCUUCUCAAAAUGAUAUGAAAUAUAAAGCCCAAACUCCAGAGUAUCCUGUUUCUAGACCAAACAGACCGCAGACUUCCUACCCAGGUAUGACCUUCACUGUGAGACCGGGCACUAGGCAGCCUAUUUCCAAUACCUACCAAGGAGGAUACAUGUGAGGCCACUGCCUUCUUCUGCCUGCUGAACUUUACAGCCACCUUCUAGUAGGGAUCAGAGGUUUUCCCUGGCGGAAGUGCAACCAUAAACUUUACCACAUUGACUAUUUCACCCAAAGCAAAUCUUCAAUAAGGAACACUGAAAAAAAUAUCUAAUUUUGUUUAUGCUAAAUGUUCUUUUUCUCAAUGUUGUCUGCCUUACAGGCCUACCCUAGAUGAGUGGCGGGUGACAAGUAACUGCUAAGCUUAUAAAACAUUGCUGCUGUUUGUUUACUAGAUUAGUUUUCAUACACACUGGGUGACCAUUGAUACAUUUAAAAUGCUCUGUAUGGAAAAGAGUAUCGAAUAGUUUUUUUUUUAUUUCAGUGAUGUUGGAAAAAACAGGCUCUAAAGACAAAUGCAGUUUUGCUGGUUAUAUUAUUUGUCAUGUAUUUAAAUGUAAGUUUUCAUAUGGCAAAAUAUCGUUAUUUUUAAAUGUUUUAAUGCCUUUCCCUCUAGUCUCUAUCUACUUGUGUCGCCAUGUUUUCUCUUGGUUUUGUCAUUACCCUUACAUUUCCCUUUUCUUGCCUGUCGGACAUUAUGCUUGUUUUGUAAGAUAAAAAUACCUUUUUGUUUUAUAGAGAUAUAAAUAUGUUUUGGCAAAUAUGACAGUCCUGUAAAGUGAGUGUACAUAACUACAAGGGGCUCUGUCUGUGAUGUCCUACAGAAAGCACUUUUGAAUGUAUUUUCAUUUUAUUUGUAUAUUUGUUCCCAUUCUUGUUCCUUAUGUAAUGUUACAAGAAAUGUACUUGCUAGCUUGGCCUUGACUAAGAAUGCCUAAAGCAUUUGCAUGACUUUCCUAAAUAUUUUACAGUAAUAAAAUAUUUUAUGCAGUAUAUUAAAAUAUUUUCUUUUCAAGUUUA